AUGGACAGAAACAAGACAGACGCAACAACAUCCGAAUUGGAGGAUGAACUCUUGGCAUCAAGCCAAGAGACCAUCGUGGAUAGCUCGGAGACUGCUAGAAGUGCUAGCGCUCCUAAGCAACCUCCACACCCCGGAAGCACAGCUGGUACAAGUAGUACCUCUGUGCCUCGUCCAUAUAAAACCCAAAUAAAUCCGUCGGGUAGCAGUGCUACCGACACAAACCUCAAAACAGAGAGUUUGCAUCGUAGAGUGGACUUCAAGAGGGCUACCUUCUUUCUUAGCAGGAUUGCUAAAAAUAAGGAAGCUGGAACUCCACACGAAAAAGAUGCCGCUGAUAAAAUCAGGUACGAAAGAAUUGUUGAAGAGUACAACAAUCUUUUUGUUCAUCCCGAAAAGACCGCCAAGAGAAAUAGAUCUCUUGAGGAGGGUAACCCUCCUCAAAAGAAAUCUAAAACCGGCGGCACCAAAAAGAAAGGGCCACCUCAGGGAGCGGCGCAAUCGCGCACUUUAAGUGAGAUCGUCAGGGACGAUCUUCAAGUGGCGAUUGUAGAUGAGCUCUCCACUGACAACAAAGGUCUGAUGUCAGUGUGGAACUCCAUCGAGGCCAAACUCUCUGAGAUGGUCUUCCUCUACACCCUAUCGGCAAAUGAGGGUCCCUACCCUAGUUUCGACUCUGGUGAGAUGCUCAGGGGAUACAGGGUAAUUAAGUGCGAGGAUGGGUUUUCUAGGGAUGUCCUUAGCAAAAGUGUUGAUGAGAUCAGCAAUAAUUGA